GUCUAUAAUGUAGUUAUUAUAGUACGGUGCAAUAUUACUACACAUCUUAUCUUCAUCACUAUUUAGUAGGUGAUGUUUGCUUUAUCUAUGUGAAUUUGAUCAGGGUGAAACUGACCUCAUUUCUGGGAUUUAAACGGAACAUGCAGAUGUGAUAAGUCGGACAAUUUAAACAAAUAAGGUACCAGCUUCACUCUUGAAAGUUAGAACUGACAUUUUUAUUGCGAAAUUUAAAUCAGAUUUUCUAGAUUAAACUAACAUCACUACUAAUGGAUUCCGCUUAAAGAUAACAGGGAAAGCCACAUUUAUUCAGAACAUUUCUUGGACAAGAUCUGAAGAUUCUGUAAAUAAAACAAAAUGAGAAUUUCAAAAUAUUUAAAAACCAUUAUGCCAUUUCUUUUGCUUGGGACUGUUUUGGCCCAAGAAGAUGAAGAACAAGUGUUGAAAGUAGUUCCAUAUGGUGUUGCUAUGCAACCAGGUGAGGAAGUGACCUUGACCUGCACACAUUACCCAGAAGACUUAACAGCAGAUGUCAAACUAGACUGGUUCCGACCAGACAAUAAUACCCCAAUAAAGCAACUACUUGCAAACCAGUCUGUGAUCAACUCAGAUUCAGAUAUUUUGAGAUUCCAAAGUGAGAAUGGUACAUUGACAAUUGUAAAUUCUUCUUUGAAGGACACUGGCAAAUAUAUCUGCAGAAAUGAAGGCGGAAGUCUCGAAAUUGCAGCAGAUAUUAAGAUUUAUGAAAUGCCAUCAUAUUCGACUGAGGCAACAAUUGUGAUAGCCAUAAAUCUUGUGCUUGUUGCCAUUUUUAUUGUUUGUUCUUUGUGGACUUUUUUGAAAGAAAGGAAACAAAAUACAAAGUCACAAAGAAAACAGAGACUUGGUCAUCAUGAGACAGCAAAACGCGCCUUGAAAGAUAUCUAAGACCAUUCUGAAAAGUCAUCAACCUAUUUUCCAUGUCUUUUAAGUUAAAGUCAAAGCUCAAAUUUUUGACUGUGGAAUUUUAAUUACCAGGCUAGCUGGUUGCAAUUGAUCAAACACAAAAAAGAAAAGUGUGAGCAUUGUUUUUUUAUGUCAAGUAAAAAAUGCGAUAGACCUAUGUUGAAAUAUCUUUUUAUAUCCUGAGGAUAUGUAAAUAAAAAUAUGCAUAAUCAUAAAGACAACUUAUAAACAUGAAGUACUGUAAUAAAUAAAUAUAUAGUCAUACUAUAAUAAAUAUAGUAAAUCUUCUAGUGUUUCUAGAUUUCACUGCUAAUAGCUAUAUAUCAUGACACAAGAGGACCAUGGAGAGUUUAUAAUUCUCACCAUAGUUUUAUUUUAUAUAUUAUAAGUUUAUAUUUAGUUUCUGCUUGACUUUGAGACAGCUUGAAGCCAAUAUCAAUCAUAUUUAAAGGGACUAGACACCAGAUGAUACAAAUGCAAAAAAAUGUCAAAAACUUACAUACAAUUUAUAUGUUUGUGUAAAAUGCAUUGAAUCUUACUUACUUAUGUAUCCCAUCGCCUACAACACAUGUAUUUUUCGCAGUUUUUGUGAUUUUUUUACAAUUUGAAAUUUACUGGGUUUGUCUACCACAUAAAUCCCAGUCAUUUUAAAAUUGCAUUGGUAUAUGUAUAUGUACUAAUCACGUGACUUUCACAUGCUAAAAAUACACACUAUAAACUGGGAAACCAUUAUGCGCUAUAUUUUAACGGGUAAACUCAGCUGAGACAGCGACCAAAAUAUUCCUUUAAUCAUGUAAAAUGAUGUGUUAUCGCCCAUAUACGAGCUUGUAUUGACAAUUCUAGGCUUGUUUUGUGGAAAUUAUGUAUUUGCUGAUUUAAUGACUAUCUGGUGUCUAGCCCCUAUAAGUCUAACUCACAGAAACCGAACAGUUCUGGCCAAGAAAAUGUUACCCUGAUGGGAAUCAAACUCACAAACUUGGUGGUGGUGUUAGUAGUUUAUACUCCGGGUCCCGGCGUGAGCACAUUAAAGGGUCCCAGAGUGACAGUUCAACCACCGCACACCUAUCCUGGGCAGAACCAGUACUAGGUGCCUUCACCUCUGCAAGGAACUGACAACUUCUGUACAUGCCAGUGGCAGUGGUACAGUGCGAAUGGUCGUAGAAAGGAUUUCAUAACCAAUCACAACAGAAGUGACCUGGUCCGCCCGGGAAUCGAACCUGGGUUGUCCGAUUCAGGGCUAACGCUCUACCGAUUGAGCUAACCGGGCGGACUCACAAACUUGGAAGUGGGAAGUGAACCUAUAUACUAUACCACUACAAGUAUUACAAUAACUCUUAAAAUCAAAGCAAGAAACAUUCUGUCAAAGUUCAAUUCCAUGAAGAUUAAGGUAAAGAAUGUGGAUGCUAGAGAUCUGACAAGCGAUAUGUUGAAGACAAUUGAUGAACACUGUCAGUAUCAAGGCCUGUAUUCACUAACAUCCUGGGCCUAAGAUUCAGACGAGUGAAUUCUGAAAUGCAACUUAAUAUCAUCUGCAUUGACAUUUUUGACAAAGGAUGCAGUCUGUACUUGUGUAACAAGUCAUUCGUACCAGAUACAGCUAUUUCACCUUUAAUAAUAGCAAUUGUACACCUCAAUACUGCUGCACCUUAAAUCUAAAAUCUCAAACUCAGACGCAGAAAAGCAAACUUUUAAAUGUUACAGCAUAUCAUUGAUAUGGUUAAUUUAACACAUAUUGUGUUGACUACUGUCAAACAUUAUAUAAUGCUUUUGAUAUUAAAUUCAACAACUGUCUCCAUCAUUUUCUCCUCAAAUUUAACAAUGAUAUUAAUAUUUUCCCUUCUGAGCCCAGAGCCUCAAACUCAGACUCAUGUCCUUAGGCCUAAAAAAUAAAUUGUUUGGUUAGGGUUACAUCCUUAAAAAAAAUAGGUAGGGUAGGUAGGCUUUUUUUUUUUUUUUAUUUUUUUUUUUUAUUAUUUUCAUCAUUGGAGAAUGGUGUUAAAGCUAUCUUCUGUACAAGCAUUUAAGGUUUAAACUUAAUAUUAAAAAGCAAUUAAAAAAAAAACGAAAUUUUUUUUUUUUUUUUUUUUUAGUUUUUCAUUUUUUUUUCAAACUGACUAUAAAAACGGUAGGGUCGGCGCCUAUUCCGUAGGUAGGGUCGGGUAACCCGAACCAAAUGUAUUUUUUUCUUAGGCCUUAGUGAAAAUGGCCCAUAAGUUUAAGAUUCAGACUCCCAAAUGAAAACUCUUAAAUGUGACCAAACCUUGAAUAUAUAUAUUUCAACAAAAGUUGUGUAAGUCAAGAUACUUGUAACAAAUACAGUCCUUUAAACCAAGAACUUUUUGAAUAACUAUUUUACAAUGAGUUUAAAAUUAGCCGUUUUGAGCCUCAAGUCUUAAAAUUUAGAACAGGGCUUCUAAACACCGACAAUUUACCGGUCUGGACUGAUUUUGACCACGCCGGACCUAUUUCAGGAACAGAAAAUAGAUUAGAAAUAGAUUAAAAAAAUAGGUCUGAUUUUUUUAUUUUCGAUCUUAAACAGUAAAAGUCAGUAAAAUUUGUAAUUGACAAGAUCACAACCAUCAGAGAUACGCGACCAUCUGCUUUGUUUCAAUGAACACUCAACACAUUCACAAUGUAUUAUGUUUUUGACAUUUGUUUUUAUAUUUUUGUCUCAAAAUCGGCUGAUUUUUGGCAUCAAUGUCUUCAGUUCAGUUAUAUUAGAUAAAUCACAAUAAAACAGAUCUCAAUUCAUUGAAAAACUACAGAAAAUUUGAUUGUUCGCCAACACUUUUAGCUAUAAAACAAACGAAAAUAUGAAAAUCUUUUUUCAGCAAUCUUAUAUCACUGGUUAUCAGACAAAUACGCAAUCUUUGCCUUAUUUCAAAUCAAAAAAAGAAUUUCUCAGAAUGGUCAAUCUGUGAGAGUGCAGCUUUAAUAUAUCUAAUAACAUGAACAUAAAGCUGCUGAUGGUUGACUUGGUGAAAAUACAGACACACUUGCACAUUUUAGAUUGAUUGGAUGUACAGAUUCUAUGUUUAUCAUGUAGCAUAAAGAUGUUAUAUACACUUAAAUAUAAAAUGUAGUCUUCUUUCAUUACAAAAAACUAGAUCUUAAGAUUCAGUCUACUACCGGUAUAUCAUGUUUCAACCAAAUAAGGAAAACAUUUAUGAUAAAGAGCAUGCUUUAAGCAAUAGCAAGUUUUAAUAUCUUCUUAAUGCAUGUUAUCCCAUAAUGCAUAUAUAGAAAGCAUUUAAUCAUAAACCUGAUAAAAGGUAGAUCAACUUAAAGUUGGGUCAAGAUUUGUUUUAAGGCUUUUCACCCCUAAUGAAGCUUGUUAUUUUAUUAUCACAUAAGCCAUAAUGCUGAACUUUGAAGCCCAGUGAUUCCAUGUACUACUGGAGCCACUUGGAAUUGUUUGAUGCUGAGAGUAGACAACCUAAUUUUCAAUAUAAACUGGUAUGAUGGAAAUUGAUUUUGAUAAAACUUGUAAAUAGAGGACACUACAUGAGUCAUUCAACAUUGAAUUUUCAUCGAACACUUUUUUCUAAAUCUAUGAAAACAAUUGCCUUUGCUAUGAAGAGAGCCAAAUUUUUAAUUUGUAAGUUUUUAUUUACAUUUGAUUAAUUUUAUGAAACUGUUAGCAUAUUUUUCAUUCUUUUUAUAAAAUGCUUCCGAGCAAUAUCAAUAUUUUAUAUGGGAAUACCGUCAUCAAAACAUUAGAUCAUAAGGAACUGAAUACCUUAACUUCACAAGGCAUGUUUAUCAUGUUCCCAGCUAGCUUAGGAUGGGUAGCAAUAUAGGACUUCACCUGACCAAGAUAAUUCACCCAUUUACCUGAUAACAACUAAACAAACAAGCUUGAUAAGUCAAACUCACAGUUUU